AUGGGCAGGGCCUCUGUGGCUUUCUCCAAGGGGGGGCCAGGCCGGGCGCUGGGGGCAUGGGCAGAGCAGCUGGCCACGGAAGCUGGUUUUCAUGGCAGCCCCCCAGGUCCCCGCCCCAUCUGCUCCCGAGAGCCGCCUGGAGUUCCACAGACCAGGAGCCUGGGGCUGAGACGAGUCCCGGGGGGCAGCGUGGGGCAGCGUGGGGCAGCGGCCCCACCCACGGGGAGGUGGACGGGCCCUCAGGGCAGCCUGGCCCCCGUCCCCUCUCUGCGCCCCACUUGGAGCCCCGGAGAAGGGGCUGUACUCGGGGCAGGCGUGAGGGGUGAGCCCCGCCCGGCCCGAUGCUCUGUCCAGGGGCUGCCUGGGGGCUCAGGGGCGACAGAAACGUCGGGAGGCCCGGGGGCGGCCAGGAUAACUCGCCCGUCCCGCCCCGUGGGCCUGCCCCCGAGCCGAGAACGCAUCCCGCCCCGUGACCCCGAAAGUCCAGGGCUGGGUCCUGCACACGCAUCCGCCCCCUGCACAGAGGCCUCACCGACGGGACGGCCGACGCCCUGA